AACGCUCUUUCUGUUCUGCACUAUUUCGCUUCAGUGUUGGAAGUAUGUCUAUUUGGUAGAUUCUAUAUUUAAGUCCAUUCUUUUUGCUUUGAAAAUGCUCAAGUGAAGAAUGUCCCAAAUGCUGAGAGGCGUUGCUUCGAACGCUCCGCGCCGGCCCAGUAUCAACAACCAUGGAAGAAAUCAGGCUGGACAGAGCAAUUGCACUGCUCUCAUCAGAGAGGUUGAAAGACCGAAAUGAUGCUUUAGCUGAUAUGAAGCAUAUCCUCCAGCGGAAUAAGCAAAGCUCGAAAUUACAUACCGUGGACGACAAAGCUUGCCACAAGAUUUUCGAGUCUUUGUUUCGAUUUGUUGCGGUUGAGAGGACGUCAUACAACCGCGCAAGUUCCAAAGGAGCGUCGAGCACCCGUUUAUCUACAUGCGCGUCCGUUCUUCGGUUAGCAGUCGAUGUCUUCCUACGCAAUUUGCGAUACAAGACCCUUCGCGCCAUUGUUGACCAUGUUACGGAGACUCUGCCGACGCCGGAAGAGGGUCUUUGGGAGCCCUUAAGUGCAGGCUAUACAAAAUGCUUGGUCGCACUUUUGCGUUAUUCACCGCACGUCGAACACUUGAGCAGCAGCGAAUGGGGGAAGCUCAUGAGCUUUUGUUUGAGAAGUCUCGGCGUUGCGGAAGAUGAUAGCCAAACGAGCUUUCGGGAUAGUUUUCGGUCCAGCUUGGAUGAUUAUCUAGAUGUCAGCGGCCGCUCAACCUCAUCGAGACCGACAUCAUCUCUGGCCAUCAGAGAUAAAUAUACAGGCAAUAAAAGUGUCAUUGGAGAGAUAAUACUGUGCAUACAACUUCUAACAGCGAGUCCCAAUGCCCCUGUCCAAGCAAGUGCCGAGAAAAUACUACAUGGGCUGACGGAGUAUGUGAAAUCGUCGCCUGCCGCCGGAAGUGGACAACAAGCUGCAUUCAGUAGCAUAAAUUCAGUCGUCACCAGAGUACUAUUUGAUCAGUCGGACCUCAUCCAAGAGUUUUUGUUUGAUCUCAUUCCUGUAAUCCGACGUCUUUGGAAUACAAAACUUGCAGGUUUGCGGGAUGAAUUGCUCGGAACAAUCAUGCUUUGCACAGUCGUUUUGACCGAUGCAGCUCGAAGAGAACCAUCUGAAUCUCUGUCUCAUUUGAUCGAAAGCCUCAUGAACACGCUUUACUCAGAGUAUAUCAAGCGGCCUGAGAAAGAAAUUUUACAGAUCGAUGAAAUAGCUUUCAACCACAAGAGAUCGGCCAACAUAGACCGAGUAAUCACAGGGCCUCUGUUGGGGAAUGCUAAAUCGGAGCAUAAUUGGACACUUGUUUGGGCCAUUUCGUAUCUGCUCAAACUGCUGGAAGACAUAGCUGCCCGGUUAUCGACAUCUCAAGUCCGGCACGAGGAAGUGCCCAACAAGAAACAGCGUUUGGCUUCAGAGAUAGGAGACGUCUUGCGUGACUCGUUCUCGUCUCUCGGUACAAAGAGAAUUUGCGCAUUGCAGCUUAUUCCAAUUCUCAUAGAGGGCCAAGCCGACAUUGACAAGAAGGUGCUUCUCCUCCAAAAGUUGACACCUAGUAUCCUAGACGACAACGGUACAGUUUCUUCAUGGACAAUGGUGGCCAUUUCAAGCAUUGCCAGCAGUCCAGAUGCAAAAUCGCUCUCUUUGAACAAGCACUGGCACCAAGUUUGGGACCUGGCAUCCCGGGCUUCGACCUCCCAAAGUACAUCCAGAGCUUCCUGCAAUCUCAUGAACAUUAUCCUCCAAUUUGACCUGCUAGAGUACUCCAUCAUGGCUGAGAAGAUUCGUUCAAUGCUUGCUUCUGUCAACCUAAGUGGCGUUUCCACGCUUACGGAUUCGUCGUUAGCCUUCUGGGCUGUGAUAACCCGUAUGGGCGCACAGAUAAACCCUGGUUCCAUGCUGAACGUGUCGAAGCAGGUUUGUGCAUGGCUGCGAGAGGCUUGGGCAAUCGCAGGGACUGUGACUGACAGGAUCCAGACGGCACAAGUUGCUGCGUUUGCACGACCCCUGGACCUUCUAAAUCUGCUGCUAGCCUGCACGAAUAGACCUUUCGAGCUUCCUCAUUCUCCAUUCAGGGGCCCGACAGGUCUUAUUGCGAAGCAUUGGCACUUCUUUCACAGCAACCGAAAUUUGCUCAAUUAUCUUUUUGACCUUGAAGGUGCAAUGCACCCUGUUAAUCCUUGGGUCAUAGCCGAAACGCUAUCCUUAGAACAAUCCACUCGGCAGGAUCCAAAUGAUGCAGUCGUUCUAGAUCUCCUGCAAGCGAAAUCGGAAAUGUUUCUACAAACAUGGCAGUCCUUGUCCGAGGAGAAGUCACACCAUAUCACAGUGGAUGUUUUACAAAUACUUGCUUCCUUUUGCAUUAUGGUUGCCCUUUACGUAGAGUUUUUACCGUCACAGGCUGCUUCUCGUUUGCAGGUCUUGCGGCGCAAUAGCCACAAUCUCUGGAAUAACAUAUGCUCUUUUCUUGCGCACGGCGAAACUAUUCUCAUUGGCGUGUGCUUGGAACCACUGUCCUUCCUCAUGGACUCAACCACGUGCUUCUUCAACCCGCAGUCCAUGGUCUCAAGGGCCCUCAGCUCUCUUGUGCCACCAAUCUCAGCAAUCCUUGAGGCCCAAAGACGGAGUCAAAGUGAACUCUUGCGUGCAAACGAUGACGGAGCUAUGGACCUAGACGACACCUUGUCGAGUGCAGAUGAAUCAUCAGUGGUGAUCGAUCAGAUCAAAAUGUUGAAUAGAGAAGCGCUGCCUCUGAUCUUCGACCCCGCGAGCUUUCAGCGUUGCAUGGCUAUCCGACUGUCCAUCUUCCAGAAAGGAAAGGCAGAUAAUUAUCAACCAGGGAGGUUCAUUGCGAAUGCAGACUUGGUGGGUUACUUGACCCAGCUAGAUGAAGUUGAUUAUCUAGCCGCGCAUGACUGUAUGCCCAAUAUCUAUCAAGCAUGUUCCAGUAUGGACCGGGACACUCUGCUCGAGGUUCUGGAGGACAUUGGAGAGAAAUGCCUACCGAGUUAUGAGCUCGAGCGCUGCGAAAGUUUCCAUGGUCUUUGCAUUCGCAUGAUGGCCAGUUGGGUCAGUUCAUGGACCAAUAUGCAGGAUGACACCCUUAGCGAAUCGGCCUCUGACAUGUACAAUUGGUUCAUGGAGGUCCUUGUGGCAAGGAGAAAAGCUUCGUCCAGGGUGCACGUGGCGCUUUCCGACCUGCUAGGGGCUGUCAUAAGUUCUAAUCCAACAUACACGAACGACCAAUCUAGCCCUUCCCCACGGACAAGUCUCUUGACAAUCCUCUGGGAGGGAGAUGCCCCGGUAAAGUUCAGCGCUGCUAACCUGUUACCCGGUUUAUUUGGUCAGUUUCCACUCAAAGACCACGAUGCCAUUUUUGACGAUGUAUUGGAGAGUUUGCCCCGAGACCCAGACUGGGAUGAGGGCAUAGCCCUUCGCCUAUACAUACUGGCCCAAUUGGCAUCCCAGUGGCAUACUUUGCUUCGCAGAAGCAUUUACCAUAUGUUCGAAACUCCUGCUCAAGUGCCACAUUCUCUUUGGUAUGCUGAGAAGUGUUUGCGUGAGGUUGCAAAAACACUUGGUCUCGAAGAUGCGAGAGAGUUAUUUCGACUCUUUUCCUCGCAGAUUCUGUACACUUGGACCGAAUCUCAGUCAAUCAAGUCCAUGCCUUUCAGCUUGUUUGGAUACACAAGUCUUAGUGACAUGUUGAAGGACGUGCAGGACGAGGUCGUGGGCCAAAUCAUGAUGCGUGCGAAUGGAGAUGAGGCAGCCGAACUUUCGGAAUUUGUGAACACCCCGUUUGAAAAGCUUUUGGAGGAAUCCUUUUACAAAGCCGAGGCAUACAGUAUCGCCCGCGACAUCAGUAUCCCACCUGGUCAAGGGCAUCAUCCCAAAGGGGUUGAAACGGGGGUGAAGAAAGCUCUAGGGACUGAUCGCUUUGUGAAACUGGUUGAGAAACAGUUUCCCUCAGUAAUCGCCACAUUCUUCAAGACACUUGAUCAUUACGGCCAGAUUGAAAGAGCUUUCUCAAAGCGCGAGAACUUCCAGGGAGCGCUUGAUAUCCUGCAACACAUCACUGCCAAAAGCUCAUCUAUAAUAACACUUCCCGCCAAUCAACAACCGUCUUUCAGGGCACGAUAUCUUUUAGAUGAGCUUGAAUUUCUUUGCAAACGCAGCGGAUAUGAAUUUGAAACGAUAUGGACCCCUACAUUGGUAACAUUCGUUGGCAGGACUCUAAUCGAGUCGAUACACCCAGCACUUGGGUCCUUACAUGCGUGUUCUGUCAUCCGGAAGAUCAGAAUCCUCGUUUGCGUGGCUGGUCCUGUCAUGCUCCAAGAAUAUCCCUAUGAAAUGAUGAUCCAUGCCCUUCAACCUCUCCUCACCGAUAUCUACUGCUCAGAGGAUGCUUUGGGGAUUUUCUGGUACCUUCUUGAGACUGGAGAACCUUAUAUGACUGAGAACCCAUGCUUCGUGGCCGAGGUUGCUGUCAGUACCUUCGCGUCCUUGAAAAAGUUCCUAGAAUCAUCUCCAGAAAGUACAGCACAGGAAAACCAAUUCAGGAUAGCUCUGGCAAAGAUUCGGGAAUUCCUAAAGUGGUUCAUUGGAUUUCUGGACGGAUACAGUUCACCCGCCCUGGACGCAGAAAGAAAAGAGGCAUUCAGGCGACUGUUGAAGUCUUCACAGCAUAUAUCCAAUACCGGGGCCUCCGCAAACGGCGCAAAGGAACAUGAGCUACUACUUGAAAUCCUUAGAGAUCAGAAUGCUGGACAAAGCCUGCUUAGCAAGCCAAUCUCAGAUCAUGUGGUUUCCCUGCUUUGUGCUGACUCAAAAGUGCUGCCCGAUUAUCGCAGUGCCAUCAUCGGUAACGCCAAUGACCCUGUCGCAAGUACAACUGCGAUAUAUAAGACGCUUCAGAACUUCAAGCCAGGGCCUGAAUACCGGCUGUGGGCUGCGAGAGUCAUUGGGGGAGCUUUUGCAACCACAGGGAAAAUCAGUGAUGUGCUUUCGAGAGAACAAGAUCCUUCCCUAUUUGACAUACACGAACUUCCAUUAAUGGAUGAUUGGUGCAUUUCGAAGGCUAGGGUAAUCCGGGUGCUUUGCAACAUGCUACAAAGCAGCAGUCAUCUCGAAGUUGGCCUUGUCGAACGGACGUUGCAGCUGAUUGUGAGCAGAAUCCAAGAAACCCAAGAAUUCAACGGGUGUGCAGCCGUGAUACCACUGCCUUUGAUGAAUUCUCUCAUUUGGAGCCCCUAUCACUGUCCUGUCCUACCGCUCUCGACCUUUGAAGAGAAUUGGUCGGAACAGCAGACAGGUUGGCCUGAGAUCUCAGCUGACGGUUUUGCUCGGCAAAUUGCACUGUUUCUGUCGAAAUCUGCUCCACAGAACCCUGUGAUUGGACCACUACAGAAGGUUCUCAAUGCAAUACCUGGUCUAGCAGCUCAGCUAUUGCCGUUCAUUAUCCAUGAUAUUCUGCUGUCAGAGUUUCAUGGGGAAGCAAGGGUCCGUGACAGUUUGUCAAACGUUUUCAAAGAAGCCUUGUACGGGGUUGAAAACAGUACGAUCCCGCAUGUACGACUCAUCAUUGAUUGUCUUCUCUAUCUUCGGGAUCAGCCACGGCCUCGCGAGACUAAGAUCGUGGACCGUGACGAGUGGCUUGAUAUCGACUACGGAGAAGCGUCGGCAGCCGCGAAUAAAUGUCAUUUGCCCAAGACAUCACUGCUAUUCCUCGAGGUCCAUGCAUCCCGGGUAUUGACUAGUGCUCGCCGUUCUUCGCUUGCAAAAUACGAGCCUCCAUCCGACCUUUUGCAUGAUAUCUUCAAGGAUAUAGAUGACCCAGAUCUUUAUUACGGCAUUCAAAAAAAGGCUUCGUUAGACUCGGUGAUGGAGACCCUUGAGUAUAAGAGCUCAAGUUUCAAGAACCUCCUCUUCCAAAGCGCGCAAUAUGAUAGCGAGAUUCAAAUGGGAGAUGGAUCCAGCAGAUAUGGUAUUCUCAAGGCUCUUAACUCUACUAACCUCCAGGGAAUCGCCAAUUCCAUGGUCUCUGUUCUCGGGGAUAUGAAUGAUGCGUCAGAGUCUUUCGAUAGCAUGUUGCAGUCUGCAACAAGCCUACGGCAGUGGGAUAUUCCUGUUUCCCCCGUUAACUCCUCACCUGCCGCGACGGUUUUCAAAGUUUUUCAGAGUCUCAACACUUCGGAAGUCUUACCCGAAGUUUCUACGUGUCUGGAUGACUGCCUUUUGUCUACCUUGGAUUCAUUAACGAAAACAGAUCGGUCUGCUACAUCUCUCAGAACGGCAACAAGAGUUUUAGGCAUUCUGACAGAGGUAAAUGAUAUCGUGAGCGCUAGGUCUAUCGAAGAGGUAAACCAAGGAUCACUGGACAUAAUGACCAGAAAUUCCUGGCUAAAGACCACGAGCGUGCACGAGAUAGGGGAGAUAUUGAGUUAUCAUGAGGCAUUGUUCUCUUCAAUAAAGCUGAAAAAUUACCUGAAGUCUGCCAUGAAUUUAAGAGAUGACGAUGCACAGCUGCUAGAGGUAAAGGUAAUUAGGCGGUCACUUGAGAUUGCAAGGAACCACGACAUGCCUCAAGCCUCGCUGAAGUCAGCUAUAUGCCUUUCAAAGCUCGCACAAGCAUGUUCCUCGAAAGAUAUCAACAUAGAAGGAGCGGCGAAAUUUGACCUGGCAAACGUUCUAUGGGAUCAGGGCGAAAUGACUACUUCCAUUCGGAUGCUUCAACAGCUGAGUGGUCAGAAACAUCUUCAUGAGCAGGCAGUUCCCAUUAGCCGUGCAGAACUUCUCGUUACGCUGGGUCACCAUGUUGCCGAAGCCCGCUUGGAAGUGCCAGAGGUCAUCAUACAAGAGUAUUUGGAUCCUGCAGUGAAGGAGUUAAAAGACCGCUCUGAAGGGGAAGACGCCGGUCGAGUGUACCAUGGAUUUGCCAUGUUCUGCGACCAACAGCUACAGAAUCCGGAUGGCUUGGAAGACUUCAACCGAGUUGAACAGAUCCGUAACCGCAAGGAGCGAGAACUCGACGCCCUAGAGAGCUUGCUGAAGAAAGCACAAGGGAGGGAACGGGAGAAUCUCAAGAACCACCGGGCGAAAGCUAAGCAAUGGUUUGACCUUGACGACAUGGAGUAUCAACGUCAUCUGGAAAGUCGAGAAGCUUUCAUGCAGCAAUGCCUUGAGAAUUACCUCCUUUGCUUGAGGGAAAGUGAAACCUACAAUAAUGACAUACUUCGAUUUUGUGCACUCUGGCUCGACAACUCAGACAGCAAAAUCGCAAAUCAGGCUGUCUCUCAAUAUCUCAACGAGGUGCCAAGCCGCAAAUUUGCGCCGUUGAUGAAUCAGUUGACUUCGCGUCUGCUCGAUAUCACAGAUGACUUCCAGAACUUACUCACCAAGCUAAUCUACCGCAUCUGUGCCGAGCAUCCUUACCACGGAAUGUAUCAGAUCUUUGCCAGCAGCAAAUCCAAGGGCGGAAAGGACGAGGUGAGCCUGUCGCGACAUCGGGCUGCUGUCAGAUUGGUGGAUAGCCUGAAAAGCGAUAAAGGAAUAGGGUCAACCUGGGUUGCCAUUCACAACCACAAUAUCGAUUAUGUGCGAUUUGCGAUUGACCGGGUGAACGAGAGAUACAAGAGUGGUGCAAAGAUACCGCUCAGGAAAUUGCCCACCGGCCAACGUCUUGAAGACGAUGCUGCGUUGCAAAAGCUUCCACCUCCUACGAUGAACAUUGAUCUCCGUGUGGAUGGUGACUACACAAACGUUCCUAAGUUGGCUAAGUUUCUUCCUGAGUUUACGCUUGCUUCUGGCGUUAGCGCGCCUAAGAUUGUCACGGCUAUUGCAACGAACGGGUUGAGAUACAAACAACUGUUCAAAGGAGGGAAUGAUGAUCUCCGUCAAGACGCGAUAAUGGAACAAGUGUUCGGGCAAGUUAGCAGUCUGCUCAAGGACCAUCGAGCCACACGGCAGCGGAACCUGGUCAUUCGAACAUACAAGGUUCUUCCGUUGACUUCCAAUGCGGGAAUCAUCGAAUUCGUGCCGAAUACGAUUCCAUUGCAUGACUAUAUAUUGCCGGCGCACCAGAGAUAUUACCCGAAGGACAUGAAGCCAAGCAUUUGCCGAAAGCACAUUUCCGACGUCCAGACACGUAACAACGAGACCCGAGUCCGAACAUACAAUCAGGUGGCCGAAUCUUUCCGACCUGUCAUGCGGUACUUCUUCAUGGAAAGAUACAACAAUCCCGACGACUGGUUCGACAAGAGGCUCGCGUAUACGCGAAGCACAGCAGCCAUCUCAAUUCUCGGACAUGUUCUCGGGCUUGGUGAUCGACAUGGCCAUAACAUCCUGAUGGAUGAGCAAACCGGAGAAGUGGUACACAUUGACCUUGGAGUAGCUUUCGAGCAAGGACGCAUUCUUCCCAUUCCCGAAGUCGUUCCCUUCCGAUUGACCCGAGACCUCGUUGAUGGGAUGGGUAUCACCAAGACCGAAGGUGUCUUCCGCCGCUGCUGCGAGUUCACCCUUGAAACUCUCCGGCAGGAAUCCUACAGUAUCAUGACUAUUCUCGAUGUCCUCAGAUACGAUCCACUUUACAGCUGGUCGUUGUCUCCCCUGCGGAUGAAGAAGAUGCAAGACCAACAAGAGGCGGGUGAUGCUCCGCAGCUGCUCGGAGCAGGUGACCAACGGGCAGACAAUGAGCCCAGUGAAGCUGACCGGGCGUUGAAGGUUGUUGAGAAGAAACUGAGCAAGACGUUGAGUGUCACGGCUACUGUCAACGAAUUGAUUCAGCAGGCAACUGAUGAGAAAAACCUUGCUGUCUUGUAUUCGGGCUGGGCUGCAUAUGCAUAGUUGGUAUGAUUUUGGGAGUUGAUUGAAGUUCACCAAGUGAAUAGGAGUUUCGGAUGGGAAAAAUGACAUGUAAAUAUGAGGUACGAAGAAGUGUAUAUUGAAGAAUGAAAGCAUGCUAUAUAUUCUUGACG